CAUGACCUCUUCUUUGGUUAUUAUUGUCACACACACACAGAGCUACCAUUAACUGUCUACAGCUCUUUAUCUGGGGGUGGGACCUUUUGAACUUUCCCCUGCUUCUGUGUUGGCAUGCCAACUGAUGUUGUCAUUGUUCAGGUCUUGAUUAGGUGACCAUACCGUUGGGAUUUCCUGGGCGCAGCUUCCCUGUCCUAUAGAAGACACUAUCUGGCAGCAGAUGUCCUGGUCCUCUGGCUCUUCCCAUCUUCCCACCCCUCUUCUUCGGUGUUCCCCGAGCCUUAGGUGUAGGGCGGGAGCCCAGCAUUGACCUGCUGCAGGCCUUCGUGGAGCACUGGAAGGGUAUCACACACUACUAUAUCGAGAGCACAGACGAAAACACCCCAGCCAAGAAAACAGAUAUCCCCUGGCGGCUGAAGCAAAUGCUGGACAUCCUGGUGUAUGAAGAGAGGCAGCAGGUAUCCUCUGGUGAGGCCGGACCCUGUCUGGAAUACUUGCUACAGCACAAGAUCCUCGAGACCCUGUGCACUCUGGGCAAAGCGGAGUACCCUCCAGGCAUGCGACAGCAAGUGUUCCAGUUUUUCAGCAAGGUCCUGGCCCAGGUCCAGCACCCACUGCUACACUAUCUGAGUGUCCACAGGCCUGUGCAGAAACUUCUCCGACUGGGUGGGGCAGGCCCUGGAUCCCUCACGGAAAAGGAAGAAGUUCAGUUCACCAGUGUCCUCUGCUCUAAGAUCCAGCAGGAUCCAGAGCUGCUCGCCUAUAUUCUGGAAGGUAAAAAAAUUAUAGGCAAGAAGACACCCAGAGAACCUACAGCUCUGCCUGAAGACAUGACUGGCUCCAGGGACAAGGACUGUCCCCGUAGUGACGCUCCCGGCAGGGAUCCUGGACUGGAUAGGGAGCACUGUGGUGUCCCAGCCUUGAGCAGCCACCUGCCUGCUGAGACUGAGGGGCCAGACAAUGGGCCUGGGGAGAGCAAUCUCAUCACCUCCCUGCUUGGACUGUGCAAGAGCAAGAAGAGUCGGGUGGCCCUGAAGGCACGGGAGAAUGUAUUGCUGCUGGUAAGCGUGGCCUCGCCAGCAGCCGCCACCUACCUGAUACAAAGCACUUCCUGUUGUGUGGUGGUAGCCGAGCACCUCUGCCAACUGUACCGGUCCAUGCCUGCCUUCCUUGACCCGGCAGACAUUGCCACUUUAGAGGGCAUCAGCUGGAGGUUACCCAGUGCCCCAUCUGAUGAGGCCUCUUUCCCUGGCAAGGAGGCCCUGGCUGCCUUCCUGGGCUGGUUUGAUUACUGCGACCACCUUAUCACAGAGGCACACGCGGUGGUUGCAGACGCCUUGGCGAAGGCUGUGGCCGAGAAGCUGUUUGUAGAGACCCUGCAGCCCCAGCUCCUGCAUGUAUCCGAGCAGACCAUCCUGACAUCCACUGCCCUGUUGACCGCCUUGCUGCGGCAGCUGCGCUCCCCCACACUGCUUCAGGAGGCCAUGACCUUCCUCUUGGGCACUGACCAGCAGCCUGCAGCCACAGAGGACAGCCCCCAUACUCUGGGCACACACCUCAUCAUGCACUGUGACCAUCUCUCCGACGAGAUCAGCAUUGCCACUUUGAGGCUGUUUGAGGAGCUGCUGCAGAAGCCCCACGAACGAGUCAUCCGCAGUCUGGUCCUGCAAAACCUUGAGGGCCGCCUGUAUGUGGCCCGGGGCUCGCCAGAGCCUGAGAACUAUGAGGACACCCUAGAUCUGGAGGAAGACCCCUACUUCACCGAUGGCUUCCUUGAUUCUGGCCUUCAGCCCUCCACAAAGCCUCCCUCGGCUCCUGCCACCAGUUCGGACGGCAGAACAGCGGUGACGGAGAUCGUCAACAGCUUCCUUUGCCUGGUCCCUGAGGAAGCCAAGACAUCAGCCUUCCUGGAGGAGAACGGAUACGACACAUACGUGCACGAUGCCUAUGGCCUGUUCCAGGAGUGCAGCUCCCGUGUAGCCCCCUGGGGCUGGCCCCUGGGCCCAGUGCCCCUGGACUCUCACGAACCCGAAAGGCCCUUCUUUGAGGGUCGCUUCCUCCAAGUGCUCUUUGAUCGCAUGGCCCGGAUUUUGGAUCAGCCAUACAGCCUGAACCUACAAGUGACCUCAGUCCUGUCCCGGCUUGCCCUGUUCCCCCACCCCCAUAUCCAUGAGUACCUCCUGGAUCCCUACAUCAGCCUGGCCCCUGGCUGCAGGAGCCUGUUCUCUGUGCUUGUCAGGGUGAUCGGGGACUUAAUGCAAAGAAUUCAGAGGGUACCCCAGUUCCCGGGCAAACUGCUCCUGGUGCGCAAGCAACUGAUGGGCCAGAUUCCCGGAGAGCAUCUGGACCAUCAGACCCUACUCCAGGGCGUGGUCGUGCUUGAGGAAUUCUGCAAGGAGCUGGCCGCCAUUGCGUUUGUCAAGUUUCCCCCACAUGGUCCUCACCUGAACUUCUCUCCACCCCCGGAAGGGCAAGUCUGAGCCAGGAGCAUGAUGGGCGGGGGAAGACGCCUGCCUGUACUUCUGCCCACGGGGCGGCUUCCUGCCUGGCCAUGCUGCCACGCUGUCCUCCAGACUGGGGACUUCAGCUGCAGGAGACCUCACUUGUUGACCAUGUGAGCUGAGGUUUCAGGGUGGUGUCACGGAGCUGGCUUCUAAGGCAGUGGUGUUCUUGGGGCCUUCUUGGAGCCGCUGGAGGAUGGCCAUUGAGCAUCUAGACCCUAUCCCUGCUAUACUGUGACCAGGACCACAACAUGAGACACCUCUAGGGGCAAGGGAAAUGAACUGCUGCCUUUGAGGCUUGCUAGAAAUCCAGUCCAGAGAGAUAGGGCCAAGAACCCUGUCUGUCACAUUCGUUAUCAUGGAAGCUGCUGAGACUCGGCAGGCUUCUUCAUGGCUUCCUUGGUGUGAACAGUCGUGAAGGAGACAGAGAGGGGGACUGUGGGGAAGCCCCCUCUUCCUGCUCUGCCCUCCUGGAGACGGUUGCAAAAUUUCCAACUGCCUCAUGGCAGAUGCCCAAAGCAUGCUCCGCGCCCAGGCGGGGGCAGCUGCUAACAACAGCCUUGGCGCAGCUGCAGCCAGGGCAGGCGAGGGCCUGGGAGCUGGGUGCCAGGCUCCAGCUCCAGCUGGUUCCUCUCUGGCGCCUUCUGAACCCGUCUUAGCAAGUCCGCAACACCUAGGCAGAGAGGUCAUUGACCAGGGGUGGUGGGUCUUAUCCUCUGAAUCCUGCCCAGUACCCGGGGAUCCCAGUGAAAUGCACUCCUGGGGAGCACAGGCACUCAAGGUACAGAGGGGAUAGGGUACCCCUAACCCCAGACCCCUGAGGCCUAGUGAGGAGGGGCUGAGACACAAGCAGAUAGCUCUGGUAUUGUUCGUGUGUCCUUCAUGGCUGGGGCUGCCACCCCACCCGGCCUGAAUCUGUCUCAACCUGCAAGAACACACGGGCGGUGCCAGGCAUUACCUCACAACAGGCCUGCAGUCGUUGGCUUCGCUCCUGGGCAAGGAGGAGCAGGGCCAGAGCCCCUUUUGCUUCCUUUUCCUGCCCAUGCCGCCUCUCGAAGCCGGGCACAGGUUGCCAGGAGGUGACAUGAAAGAGGAGGAAACUCAGUGACCUCUACCUCUCCCGAAUUCCUCCCGGCGGGGGAGGACUUGUCUGCUGCUCCGAAGAACAUCAUGCGCUCCUGUGUGUACGAGCUGUGUGUGUGUGUGUGUGUGUGUGUGUGUGUGUGUGUGUGUGUGUGUGUGUGUGUGUGUGGUGUGUCGAUGUACGUGGGUGCUGGUGUGGGAGCAGCUCCUGGUGGAGUGGGUCUACACUCUGAGAUUCUUACCAUUCGAGGGUCCGGGCAAUAAUGCACUUUGACAUUUGCGUGGUGUCUUCACAACAGCACAGCAAUAAACAGUGUGAUGGUGUGGA